AACGAUCGAGGAUGUUUCAGUGAGAAUGAGACAUCCGACAACCACAUGGUCACUUGUAAGCCCAUUGGACUUGGCACCCUCGAGACAGAUCGAAUAUGCUUUCAUUUGUUCCAUCUUAUCCUGACCACUCAUGAUAUAGUUGCUUCAUAGGCUGAAUUUGCAACUCAAAAAGACAGUUAGACAACCUGUCUGAAUUACGUACAGAACAAAGGCAUAGAAUAAAAAUAAAAGAUGCACACCCUUUUGCGAGAAUAUAUCACUAGAUUCUUAUUUCCAUGAUUAUUAAUAUUCGAUUUCUGUUCAAUUAGUGUUCAUCAGAAAACUUCUUGAAGAAAAAAAGAAGAAGCAGUUUUUGCUUGUAGUUCUGAUGUCAGGGCCUGAUUAUCAAGCCAAAUGUAUCAACAGCAGUGAUAUUGUGACAAUCUUAGCAGCAGAAGGGGUUCAGUUCCUUUUAUCUGGUGAGGGAAAGGUACCCUUAUCAGCUUGUGAUGGGAAGACAACUUGCCUCUUUUUCUCCGCAAACUGGUGCAGAGCCUGCAAAAAUUCUAUCCCCAAACUGGUAGAGAUUUACGAGACGCUAAGAAGAAGAAGUGAAAAGAUAGAGUUUCUGUUUAUUUCGUUUGAUCACAACGAAAAGGAAUUCAAGGAACACUUUAAGCACAUGCCAUGGCUUGCAGUUCCAUUUGAUGUAAACUUGAAUAGACGAUUGAGCAAUCGGUACCAUGUUAAACAUAUGCCAUCACUGAUUCCAUUGAGUUCAUCAGAUGAUCAGAUAUCAAUAGAAGAGGACUUGAUUAGGUUGAUUGAGGACUACGGCCCCGAAGCAUUUCCCUUCACUAAGAGCAGAAGAGAGGAAUUGAAAGCUUCUGAUGCUGGGAUGCUUGAAGGAGGAAAAUUAGAAGAUCUUUUGGCACACCAAGGACGAGAUUAUGUCAUAUCUAAGGAUGGUAGAAAGGCGUUAGUAUCAGAACUUGUUGGAAAGACCAUAGGCCUCUACUUCGGAGCACAUUGGUGCCCACCUUGUCAAACCUUCACUGCACAACUUUUAGAAGCUUACAACGAUCAUCUCAUGAGUUCUAAAGAGCAAGACUUCGAAAUUAUUUUCGUCUCAACAGAUCGGGACCUCAAUGAAUUCAAUCUCAGCCUGGAAAGCAUGCCAUGGCUGGCCAUACCAUAUCUGGACAAAACACGAAACGACCUGUGCAGGAUCUUCAACAUCAAAGGGAUUCCAGCUCUAGUCCUCGUCGGAGCAGAUGGGAAGACCAUCGGCACAAAUGGGAGGGCCAUCAUCAGCUCGUAUGGCGCCAAGGCUUUCCCGUUUACAAAAUCGAAGGUUGGAGAGGUGGAAGCAGCGUUGAGAAAGGAAGGAGAUGCAUUGCCCCGACAAGUGAAGGAUAUAAAGCAUGAACACUUGCUCAAGCUGGACAUGGCCAAAGCAUACCUAUGUGACUCUUGCCAAAUUAGAGGGAAAUUUUGGGCCUUCUCUUGUGAUGUAUGUGACUAUGACCUGCAUCCUGCAUGUAUAGAAGAAGCAUCAUAAAAAUCGGUGAUUAUUGGAGUUAAAAAUAUAUAUAUAUAGAUUGACUAUAUAUUAAUUUUG